AUGAUAUCAGUAGCAUUUCAUGGAACAAGAGCGUAUCUUAUAGACAAAAGUCUUAUACCAAUAGUUUUGUUAUGGUUAGACCCAGUUGUUGGAUAUAACUUCAUAACAUAUGGUUCAUUCGAUACGGAACGUUGCAGUGAAGGCUUACUUUACAUCGUUCAGAAACCGAAGGACUUCAACACAAAAAGAUAUAAGAUAGGAAGGACAUAUAAUAUAACUCAAAGAUAUGACAGUACAGUCAAUAGAGUCAAGGUUGUGUUUGUUAAUGAUAUGAGAGCUGCUGAAACAGAACUGCUUGAAGUUUUUGAGAAAAUGUAUGGUGCUCCCACGAAAGGUAAAGAAACGUUUGAAGUAGAUGAGAUAGAUAAAGCUAUAAAAUUAUUUGACGAAGUUGCUGAAAAAUACAUGUAA